CAGGUAACCUUUAUUUAAGAGAGGACGUGCCUAUAUCUUGUUGAUCUGCAGUAGACCUACGCAAAGUAGCAGCCAUUUUGUGCUGCUCUUCCAAACCUAAACUCAUUCUUUGUGUGUGCAGCCACUACUGUCCAGUCAGAUGGCAGGCACCAAGCUAACCAACCAUCAUCAGUUCAACUAUCAUCAACUCAAUUCACAGUUCUACCAUGUUUCCGUCGGAGACACACAUCAUUUCCAGAUCCUCAAGAGAUAUAAGAACCUCAAGAGUGUCGGCAGCGGCGCCCAAGGUCUAGUUGUAGCUGCCUACGAUGUCCUCACAAACCAGAGUGUCGCUAUUAAGAAACUAAGUCGACCGUUCCAGAAUGUCACGCAUGCCAAGCGAGCGUACAGAGAGUAUAUCCUCAUGAAAUUGUGCAAUCAUAAAAAUAUUAUUGGUCUCCUAAAUGUGUUCACGCCGCAGCGGACGUUCGAUGACUUUGCAGAUAUAUACCUAGUGAUGGAACUAAUGGAUGCUAGUCUGGUCCAGGUUGUUCAAAUGGACCUGGAUCAUGAGAGGAUCUCCUACCUUCUCUAUCAGAUGCUUUGUGGCAUCAAACAUUUACACAGUGCAGGGAUUAUCCACAGAGACUUAAAACCCAGCAAUAUAGUAGUAAAGACAGACUGUUCGCUGAAGAUCCUGGACUUUGGUCUAGCCAGGACAGCUAGUACUAGCUUCAUGAUGACCCCUUAUGUUGUUACCAGGUACUACAGAGCACCAGAGGUCAUCCUAGGCAUGGGAUACAAAGAAAACGUUGACAUCUGGUCCAUAGGCUGUAUAUUCGGUGAGAUGAUCAGAGGGCAGGUCAUGUUCCCCGGCUCAGAUCACAUUGACCAAUGGAACAAAAUUGCUGACCUCCUCGGAACACCAACAGACAUGUUCUUAAGCAGACUACAGCCCAUGGUCAAGCAGUAUGUAGAAAACAGGACAAAGUGUCCAGGAUAUUCCUUCGAGAUGCUGUUCCCUGAUGAACUCUUCUAUCAGGCAGAAAGUAGUACAGAGAAGACAAAACUAUGUGUUGCACAAGCGAGAAAUUUGCUCUCAAAAAUGCUCAUCGUGGAUCCAGAACAGAGGAUAUCAGUUGAUGAAGCCCUUCAACACCCCUACAUCAAUGUAUGGUUUGACCCGGGUGAAGUAUAUGGACCCCCUCCAAUUCCCUAUGACCAUUCGAUAGAUGAGAGGGAUCACGGUUUAGAAGAAUGGAAAGACGAGAGAGAGCGUUCGUUAGAUGAAUGGAAAGAGCUAAUGUUCAAAGAAGUGAUGAAUGCGAUGUACCAGUCAAACUCCAUCAUGCUGGAUCCUGUUAGCGAUAUGAUGUCAAAAGAAAAUGGACAUGAUGAGCACCAUCCAGAUCACAGACAAGGCAGGAAUUCAUCAAGUAGUAGAGGCUACCUCAAAGGCCACGCCCACUGCGAGCAGGGGGAGGAGCUUCAAGGAGCUGCAUCGGCAGCAGGCCCCGCCCCCAUGGCUGCCGCAGCAGCAACAGCAGCGACAGGAGCCGUCUCAAAGAGGUAGCCAGGAAUUACCUUUCUAACCUUUGACCUGGGACCGAAGCCAUUGCCGCAACCCCUUCAUGUUAUUACCCUCACAAACCGUCUGUUGUUGCACUGGCUGUCUCUCUGUGGAGGCACAGCUGUGCGAUCACAGAUCGUUGAUUACUUUCUUUUGAUUCUCAAAUAUUCCUGCCUUCCUCUUAAAGUGAUUGGUUAACAUUGGUUUGACUUUAAAAAAAUCUGAGCUAGAAGGUCACACUUGUCACCUGUGUCUGUGAUAUGUUACAAAAAUGAAGCCCAGAAAAAAUUGCGUUCGAAAAUAAUUAUUUAGUGCUUCAAAAAUUGAAAUAUAAAGUGACCGAAAACACCAUCUUAAUUUCAUCCCAUACACUUAUGUGUACUAUUUAGGCGUCUAUAAGACGCCUAUUUACUAAAUCGGGGUUUGCCUUGUAGUUUUAGCUUUUCAUUCUCAAUAAUGGUUGUUUUCAGGGUUUAUUAGUUCUACAUGUAAUACAUGCACUUGUACACAUGUUUCUUCUUGGUUUGAAUUUUUUUUAAAUCGGCUGCUCACAAAGUUAAACAAUACCUUUAAGUAGUAGCAUACCUAUUUCUUGGUGGAUAUAUUGCAAUCUUAUAAUGCCAGCCUAUCAUGGAAUUAUCAGAUGUGUGUGUUUCUAAGGUUGCUCUUCGCUUCUUUUGAUAAUAGCACUAGUUGUACCCAGUCAUUCAAAAAAAUGAGAAGGCUCCAGAUCAAAGGCAGGUGAAGUCAUAUGACAAGUGGUGCCUGUAAUAUCAGGCUACAUAACAGAUACUUCAUCGGAGCGCUUUUAAAGUUCACUAUUCACAGAUAGAAGCAUGAGCUUAGCCUUACCGAAGGCUAAUGAUACUUGUCAAAUAUUUCAUUUGGUCUCUUUGAUGUUGUUUAUUUCAAUCACCUUUCACACAAAUUAUGAAUUAGAUCCAUUCUUCUGAGUUGGUGAAUCAAUGCCUUUUGUUAUGCAUCAAGUCCUAAUUGUUUUAGGUUCCUCUGUUUGGUUAUAAAGAGGCAUAAACUUGCUGUUACUGCUGUGAGGUGAGCUAGAUUUUAAAUCUUCACUUAUUAGAAUUUAAACAAGCAGGGUUGUUGUCUUUUAUUUAGUAGCACAAUGUAAUAUCUCACAUUGGGAUAAAUACAGAAUAUAUUUCACUGUCUGCAAUGAAUGAGUUGACUGAAAUUUCUUAACUUAGCACUGAAAGAAUCUGAGGUGCCUUUAAUACAAUAACAUGAGGGGUUGGUGGGUGGUGGACGGUCGUAGGUAAAGUUAGUCACUUUAAGGUACAACAGCUUGGUCUCCACGAUGUCCUUAACACUUUUUUUUUCUUAUUUUCAUUGCUACAAAGUCGUUUGGAUCAAUUGCUACUUUUGCAAGAGUAGCAUCUAGGUUUACAAAAUCAUGUACUAAUGAAAAACAAAGAAAUUGGGAGAGAUGUAUAUCCCUCCAUUGUUAUAAACAUUGCUGUUCUAAAGUUGUAUGUAUACAAGAGAAGUAAUAACUAUUAUUAUCUUAUAAAAAUAAAAAUAACUAGAAAGCUUUGUACAUAUUGUUGAUAGAGAAAACGAGUCUGGAGCUCUGUGUGCAUAAAGUCUUUGAUAGUGAGUCAAAACUGCUAAACUGCCGGAUUGAGAGAAAAAAUAUUGCCAAGGGGCUUGUUGUUGCAAAGUAUGUAAGCGUAACAGGUUCUGUAUUGUUCUAUAAUUUUAAGUUAUGCAUUAAUGUUGUCAUGGAAAGAGCGAAGCAAACUGGUAGAAAUCAUGCUGUACUUGUUUAAAAUAUGUCCAGUUGUGCCCCCCCCUUUUUUUUUUUAUAGUGUUUAUGUCUGAAAAUUGUUCCUGUGCAGUGCAUUGAAUGCACUAUGGUAUUGAAUGUCAUAAACUAUGACAAUUUCAAUUUUUUGUAAAGCUGUUGGCAAAAUUGGAUGAUGAAAGAUUAUAUACAUGUAUUUGUCAAUGAAAUUCAGUUAAAAUAGUCAUGAUUUCAAAGUACAGACUGGAUAAUGGAUAAUUUCCAAUAGUGUAAAAGCAAAACUAAAUUUCAUCAUCCAGAAAUGGUCAAAAUAUCCUCUAUUGCCAUGACGAUUUUUUCUCAAAAUAUUCCUCGUGCAUGGUUUGGCUACAGCAGGCUUGUAGGAAUAGGGCCAAGCAUGUUAGAUUCUCUCCGAGUGAUUGCGUUCAGGUUGUGCAUUCGCACGAUGCAACCAACAAAGGGGAAAUACAUUUGUACUAAAUUUUUUUUUGUCUAGGUUGUAUAUAUAUAAAUAUAUAUAUCUGUUUUAUGUGAAUGUCCUUUCAUUCUGCGUGAUGUCAUGAAACUGUUCCCACUUUUCCUUGUUUCCCUGCUGCCAAGUUUCAUGUGAACAACCCCUUUCCCAUAGCAUUCAGGGUUAGUAGCCAUAGCAGCCUGCUAUGACACUGCUUGAAAAAAUAAAACGUCUAUUUAGCGAUAUGUAAACAACACAUCUUUGUACCUCAAGUUUGAGUUAUAGUAUUGAUGUGGUGCCUUGAUAAGCAUACAGCAAAAAAUAAUUUACUCAUUUAUCAUUUGUGCACUUAAUUUGGGAGACAAAAUGCCCAAAAUGCUUUUUUGCAUUACAAUACUACAACCUAAGAAAAUUCUUGUGUAGUUUUUGUCAAAGAUUUAUUUUGGUAUUUCUGUUGUGAUAUCACACCUGCUUUUAUUUAUUCUACUACCUUAUGCAUUCUUUUAAAAAAAAUGUCAACAAUUUGUUUAAAAAAAGGAAACUUAAAUAAAUGGUAGCGCAGAAAUUAUCGCUGCAAAACAAAUAUCAUUCUUGUUGCCUGUCAUAAAUUUUUUGGCAGGUACUAUGUGCUCUUUAAGUUAAAGCCAUGUUUUGUUAUUGCAAUGCUCCAAAUAUUCCAAAGUUUGCUAAUUCAAAGCGAAUUUGGUUUAAUUUUUUUUCUGGAUAAAAAUCAGAAAAAAAAACUAUGGCAGCAGCUUCUCAAAUUGAUUCAUCAUUCAAAUAUCAACAUCUCAUCCCCCUUGUUCAUUCUCUUCCAAAGUUUUAUCAUUUUAAUGAGUCAAUGCCUGGAUUGUGUGUGUGUAACUUGUUUGAGAAAAUCUUGGCAGCAUGGUUUCGAAUAAAAGAUGGAACAAACUUCAAAGAUUAUCCCCUUGAGUUUAGCUUUUUAAAUUCAUAUACAGAUUUCCUAAUGGAAACUCGAAAGAAAAAAAAUUAUCUAUGAAUAUUCUGUACAAAAUUAUCUCAGUGUGAAUAGGUUUUGUGUAUGUAUAAACAGAUUUUUGCCUCACAUAUUUGGCAAGUAAUUUGCUUUGAGGUUUGAAAAAGGAAGAAAAAUUAACAAAAAAUAUAAGAGGUGUGUUGCUCCAUAUCAACGUAUUCUGUAUAAUUUCUAUAGAGUGUUAAGAUUUUAGGAAUCUCAGUACAUAGAAAAAUUAAUGAAAGUAUGAUGAUUAUUAUGAUGAUAGUGGUAAAAUUGUGAAUAUUUCAACCUACAGAAAAUUGAAGAAAAAAAAUUGAACUGUUUUUUGUGAAUGUGAAAAUAUGAAAUGCAGAGAGGCGCUCCAUUGUUUGAAUGAAAGCCUCAAUUUAUUUUUAUUUCUUGUUUUGAAAUUUUGAAAAAAUAGAUGCCUUUUUCUUGUUUGCAGUUGGAGAUGAAGCAAGAAUAAUUGACUCUUUAGAUGUUAUAAUGCUGUUAAAACAUUUAAAUUUAUUUAGAUUUAUGAAUAGAAUUCCAUGGAUCUGUGAAAGUGGAGUUCAUUGAUUGAUGCACACAUUUUAUAUUUUCCGAGACACCAUUUCUUUAGACAUAUUCUUGCUCCAUCUCCAACAAUUUUAUUCAAAUGUACUUAAUUUGAUAUCUUUAUUAUUCUCUCUCUCAUUCUUUUAUUCUGUCUAUUUCCUUCUAACUUUACUCUUUUGUUUUUUUUCUCUUUCUUUCAAAGAUCUAUGACUUUAUAACAUUCUUUAUUGCUCAACAUAUGUUUCCUCUACAUUUUGUUGUUAUUUUCCAAGGUUUUAUUUUCCUUGUAAAAGUUAAGUCUUUAAUCAUGUAAAAAGAAACAAGAUUUUUUCUCCAUAAUUUAUUGGUCGUAUGUGAAAUACUGUUUACGUGGUGUCCCUCAUACUGUUCAAAUAAAAAUUCAGUUACAAGAA